CAGUUUUCCUUUACUCGUCCACCCGAGAUGUAGUGGUUAAAGCACUUGACUGAGAUGAUGCUUGCCUGGUGCCCUUUGUGUUUGGCAAAGGGCAGACAUUCAUCACUUGAAUACUUUCGAAUGAGUUUAAAGGAAUCUGCAUUGCUGUGUUCUAAUAUGCGAUGUCCUUUCCCCCUUGGAACUGAUUAUGAUGAUGUCUUCAUUGAACAUGAUUCAAGUGACUCGGAGGACUACAUGUCAGAAGGUGGUGAAAGUGAGGAUGAUGCAAUUCUUAAAGCUUUCCCACUUUGUAGUUCGAGUUUUGCAGAUUCCAAGUGUUCACAGAAAGGUACACAUUUGCAGUCCCAGUAGACAUUGAAAUCCCCAGACCACAAAACAUAACAUGGCCCUAAAGAAAUCGAAAUGAGUGGGCG